AUGCAGUCUGAAACUAUUUGGUCUAGUGGCCAUAAUUCUCCAAUUCAGAAUAAUCCUCUGUUAUCAUCUACUACCAAUAAUGCAUCUCAAUAUAAAUCAGUUAUUGAUCAAGUUGAUCCUGAAGUGAUUCGAUUAUUUGCCAAUUCAAAUACUUUUGAUCCGUUAUCAUCAACAACAACAACAAGUGGACCAGGUUCAGGUUCAGGUACAGGUACAGUUAAAGUUGCAGAUAGACGAUUAUCAUUUAAUGAUGGUAGUGAUAUUAUUGAAAGUGAUUUUUUUGGAUUUAAACGAGGUGCCUUAUCAGCAAUUACUGCACCUGUUGUUGGGAAUGGAAACAAUGGUUCUCAUAAUCAUCAUAAUCAUAAUCAAGUGAUAAAUAAAAAUUUUGGAACUGCUUCUAUUAGUGGAGGUAUUGCUAAUAGACAUCCACCUCAAGAUAGUUUUUUACAAAAAUUUUCUAGUGUUGCUGAUGCUACAAGAGAAAUUGAAUUAGGUAGAUUAUCUUUAGAUGAUAAAACUAAUACUAAUAACAAUAAUAUUGGUGUUAAUGAAAUUAAAAUGGUUAGUACUAGUGCAUUUACUUCACCUCAUGGAUCUUUGAAUGAAAAUUUGAAUAUGCCAGUACCAACAAGAGGAGGAUCAAGACAUCAAUCUAUAAGUGAAAAAAUUGAUAAUUAUAAUAAUAAUUCACCCAUUCAAACAGCUGCAGCAUUAUCAAUAAAUUCUGAUUUGAAUUCUGAUGGUGGGAAUACCAACAAUAAUGAAUCAUAUCUUAAUUCUACUAGUGUCAAUGCCAAUGCUACUAAAAAUCAAGGGAAUUAUUCUCAUAAUUUUUGGAAUCCAGCUGCAGCUACUUCAUUUACUCCAGUAGGACCAGGAGUAACAAUACCAACACCUAAUUAUUUUAUUGAUGCUAAUGGAUUACCAAUGCCUUCUAUGCCAAUGCCACCUCAAGGGUUUUAUCCACCACGUGGUGGUGAUGCUUCUAAUUCUGGUGGAGCAAAUUCUAUUAGUCCCCCACCUCCAUUUAUGAUUCCAUCUCCUCCCCCUCCAUUUUUGGACCCUAGUGUAUAUAGUAUGAUGUAUGGUGGUAAUUUCCCUCAACCACCACCACCACCACCACCAUCUCAACAACAACAACAACAGCCACAGUCACAAACAAAUCCUGGUCAAGAGAACAAGGGCAAUGAAACGGAUUCAAAAUCGCAAGAUAAUAAACAUUCAGAUACAGAAUCUCAUGAAGAAGAGAAUGAUAAUACUAAAGAUUAUCAACAAGGUUCUUAUCAGCAUGGACCAGGACCAGGACCCAUUGGUGUUGGUCUUAUGAAUCGUCAAUUUUCUCCUGCCUCAUUUAUGUUUCAUCCAUUUAAUCCUUAUUCAAUGUAUCAACUGUCUCCACCAUUAGUUCCACCUGAAGCAGCUUUAGGAGGAAUGACAUCACCUCCACCACAACAACUGCAACAGCAGCCACUACCACCACCACCACCACCAUCUUCUCAAGGCAAAUCCACAUCAGGUGUUUCUGGUACUUCUUCUUCAUCAACAACCACAUCACAUCAUCAACAUUCUAAAUAUCCUCAUCCUCAUCACAACAACAAUGUUCAUCCACAUACCAAUGUAAACAACACUGGUGUAGGAUCCAAAAGAAAAGGUAAUUUUAAAGGUAAAAACAGUAGUAACAAUAAUAAUAAUAAUAAUGGUAGUGGUGGUAAUCAUAUUUAUCGUUCACCUUUAUUAGAAGAAGUACGUUCUAAUCCUAAACCAUAUCAAUUAAAAGAUAUUCAUGGACAUGCUAUUGAAUUUACUAAAGAUCAACAUGGAUCAAGAUUUAUUCAACAAAAAUUACCUGAAGCCACUGAAGAAGAAAAAGAAACUAUUUUCAAUGAAAUUUGGGAAAUUUCUUAUGAAUUAAUGACGGAUGUUUUUGGGAAUUAUGUUAUUCAAAAAUAUUUUGAAUAUGGUACUACAACUCAAAAACAAGUUUUACUUGAAAGUAUGAUUGGUCAUAUUCAUGAAUUAUCAUUACAAAUGUAUGGAUGUCGAGUAGUUCAAAGAGCAUUAGAAGCAAUUGAUAAUGAAGGACAAUUAAGAAUUAUUGAAGAAUUGAAAAAUCAUAUAUUAAUUUGUUGUAAAGAUCAAAAUGGGAAUCAUGUUAUACAAAAAUCAAUUGAAAAAAUUAAACCAUUUUCACAAAUUAGAUAUAUUUUAACCAGUUUAGAUAAUCAAAUUUAUCAUUUAUCUACUCAUCCUUAUGGAUGUAGAGUAAUUCAAAGAUUACUUGAAUAUUCUGAUAUUAAUGAUCAAAAAUUUAUACUUUCUCAAUUAAAUAAUUUUCUUUAUUAUUUAAUUUUAGAUCAAUAUGGUAAUUAUGUUAUUCAACAUAUUUUAGAAAAUGGUACUAGUGAAGAAAAAGAACCAAUUUUAGAAAUUGUUUUGGGUUCAGUAGUACAAUUUUCUAAACAUAAAUUUGCUUCAAAUGUUAUUGAAAAAUGUAUAAAAUUUGGUGAUACAAAUCAACGACAAAGAAUUUUACAUGAAGUUAUGAUUGGUAAUGAAAAAAUGUUAAGUAACAACGAUGAUGACAAUAGUGACAAUGAUGAACCAGUUAAAGAAGAUUCACCAUUGGCAUUAAUGGUGAAAGAUCAAUUUGGUAAUUAUGUUAUUCAAAAAUUGGUCGAAGCAUUUGAUGGUGAAGAAAGGAAAUUAUUAAUUAUUAAAAUAAAGAAAUGUUUAAGUUUAUCAAGUAAUAAUUUGGCCAGUAUUCGUAAUAUUAGAAAUAUUAUUGAUAAUGUUAGUGAAUCGAAUCAAAAUUUAAAAGUUAAAUCAUGA